AUGUCCAACGUCAACGAGAAGUUACCAGAAAUAUUACAGGAUGCUGUCCUAAAGGAAUCAGUUCCAGUCCCAGAUGAUUUCAUCAAAGUGCAAGGUAUCGACUAUUCCAAGGAAAAUGCCACCGACAUGAGAGCCUCCGACUUGGUCGGUGCCAUGAAGACCAUGGGGUUCCAAGCCAGCUCCCUCGGACAAGCCUGUGAUAUCAUUGAUAACAUGAGAUCCUGGAGGGGUAAGCAUAUCGAUGAAUUGUCAGAUCAUGAUAAGAAGGGGACUUUCGACGAACAGGGAUUCCAAAAGACAACUAUCUUUAUGGGGUACACUUCUAACUUGAUCUCAUCCGGUUUAAGAGAAACUUUGAGAUAUUUAGUUCAACACAAGAUGGUCGACGCUAUUGUCACAUCAGCUGGUGGUAUCGAAGAAGAUCUUAUCAAAUGUUUGGCACCAACUUAUUUAGGUGAAUUCGCAUUAAAAGGUGCCGAUUUACGUGAACAAGGUAUGAACCGUAUUGGUAACUUAUUAGUUCCAAAUGACAACUAUUGUAAAUUCGAAGAAUGGAUUGUCCCAAUUUUAGAUAAAAUGUUGGAAGAACAAGAUGAAUACGUGAAGAAACAUGGUGAUUCUUGUUUAGAAGCCAACCAAGAUCUGGACUCACCAAUUUGGACUCCAUCUAAGAUGAUCAAUCGUUUCGGUAAGGAAAUUAAUGAUGAAUCUUCUGUCUUGUACUGGGCUCACAAGAACAAUAUUCCUGUCUUCUGUCCAUCUCUUACUGAUGGUUCCAUCGGUGAUAUGUUAUUCUUCCAUACUUUCAGGGCUUCUCCAAGACAAUUGAGAUUGGAUAUUGUUGCCGAUAUUCGUAAGAUUAAUUCUAUGUCCAUGGAAGCCACUAGAGCUGGUAUGAUCAUUUUGGGUGGUGGUUUGAUUAAGCAUCAUAUUGCUAACGCCUGUUUGAUGAGAAAUGGUGCUGAUUACGCCGUUUACAUUAACACUGGUCAAGAAUUUGAUGGUUCCGAUGCUGGUGCUAGACCAGAUGAAGCUGUCUCUUGGGGUAAGAUUAAGGCCGAGGCGAAGUCAGUUAAAGUUUAUGCUGAUGUUACCAUUGUUUGGCCAUUAAUUGUUGCUGCAACUUUUGCCAGCGGUAAACCAUUGAAGAUUACUAGAGAUUGA